UAAUAGUAGAUGGAGCAAAUCACAAGCACAUGCCUUGUUUAUCUUUCUUCUUCAUUCAUUCAUUGCAUUCUUUUACAAGUCUUCUUUUUGUCUUCAUUGUAUUCAGCUCUUUUUUGUUUGAUCCAAAAGAUUGAUUUCAUGCCCAUGCCAGUUACAGGUCACGUUGUACAAAUUUUGUGUCUUGGUGUGGUAGUUUUGUGGUAAUUCCAGUCCCCUGCUACUCAGAAUAUAUGGGCGAAUCAAUAGUGGACGCUUCAAAUCAUGAAGAUGAGAUGGGAGAGACAGCUCCCUCAAAUCCUGUCCUGGAAGUGUCGGUUUCAUUUGGUAGAUUUGCGAAUGAUUCACUGUCUUGGGAGAAAUGGUCAUCUUUUUCACCCAAUAAAUACUUGGAAGAAGUUGAGAGGUGUGCAACGCCGGGAUCAGUAGCUCAGAAAGCCGCUUAUUUUGAAGCUCAUUACAAGAAGAUUGCUGCUAGGAAGGCUGAGUUACUGGAUCAAGAGAAGCAAAUGGAGAAGGAUUUGUUGAGAUCGAAUGAUCAAACUUGUGGAGAUCUGAUUGCAGAUAAUUCCAAUACUAAGUCAGAAUCUGAUUCAUCUGAGUGCCAGACUUCUGCUGAAGUUGUGAACCAGGGAACCAGCUUGGCUAAUGAAGUGUGUGGAACCCUUUUUAAUGAGCCAAGUAAUGAUGCUGCAGUUACAAUAGGGUUUCCGAGUUCAUCAAUUGAGGAAAGGAAAGAGGAAGCUGAAAGAAAAUUAGAAAGUCCUAUGUCGGACAAAUCAGAAGAAGAUGUACAUGUUAUGGUGAAAGAAGAAGUGAAAAAUACUUCCGCGGGGGUGCAAGCUGUAAAGAAGUUGCAGCAAAAGGAGAUGGAAAACACUUCAACUGAUAUAGAAGAAAAUGUGAAUUUCGAUCGUUCAAAGGAAUCUCAUAUGAUUACUCUGAUGAAUAAGGAGAGAAACAUCACAAGGGCAAAGAAGAAACCAGAAUUGGCAGUAUCCAAACCAUCAUCCCUAGCUAAGGCAUCACCUACAGCUAAGGCAUCACCUGUUACUAAGGCAUCAUCUAUGGCCAAGGCAUCGCCUAUAGCCAAGGCAUCGCCUAUAGCCAAGGCAUCACCAGUAUCUAAGGCACCAUCUAUAGAUAAGGCAUCAUCCAUAACUAAGGCAUCACCCAUAAUUAAGGCGUCACCCAUUACUAAGGCAUCGCCUAUAACUAAGGCUUCAUCUGUAAGUAAGGCAAGAGUGUCAAAGCCAACAUUGGCUUCUACUCCAAAUUAUUCUUCAAUGUCUUCAGCAAGGAUAGGAAACAGUUCAUCUUUGUCAAAGUCAAAGAAUCCUUCUGGAGGAGAAAGCAAGAAAUUAGCUCCUAAGUCCUUGCACAUGUCCCUUAGUUUGGGUCCAUCGUAUCAUGAUCCAACUUCUGUUACCACAACUAGAAAAUCUUUGAUUAUGGAGAGUAUGGGUGAUAAGGACAUUGUUAAACGAGCAUUCAAAACAUUUCAGAACAGAUACAAUCAAUUGAAAUCUGCUGGUGAAGAUCAAUCUCUGGCACCGAAGCAGCCGGUGCCAGCAAAGGGGACAGAACCAAGGGUUUCAGCUUUCAUGACUCCACGAAAAGAGAAUGGAGGGUCAUUCAAAGUAGGUGACGUGGAGAAAAAACAUGGUAAGGCUGCUUCAUCUUCUUUACCCAUGAAAAGGAAUGAAAGUGCAGAGAAGAGAGGAGAGUUCUCCAAGAAACUGGAGGAAAAAAAAUCUUAUGCUAGAGAGGCAAACAGAACUCACCUUCACACAAAAUCGAAGGAGAAUAAGGGAGCAGAGAUAAAGACAGUAAGACAGAGUCCUAAUGUCAAAGCCACAACAAUGAACAGCUAUACAUCAUGGACAAAGAAUAACUAAAGGCUCUUUAGAUAAGGAGGAUUCCAAGAAUGAGAUCCAUCGGUAACCCGGAUCCUGUACACCGAAAGUGUGAAGCAGCAUAAUCUAAUUACAAAGAGUGGUAGGUGAAGUAACACAAGAUAUGCAA